AUGGCGUCAACUCAAGCUUCUUUCCACUCAAACAGCCUACAAGAGACCGUCCGCCCGUUAGCAGCCUUUCCGGAAAACAUUUGGUCUGAUCGUAUCGCUCCGUUUACUCCCGAUAAGGAGGAACAUGAAAUGUAUGAAAGAGAGAUUGAAAUGUUGAAGGCAGAAGUGAAUAGCACGCUUUUGGCAACCGGAAAGACCAUGAUGGAGAGAUUCGACUUUAUAGACAAAAUAGAACGACUUGGUGUCCCGCAUCACUUUGAUAUCGAGAUUGAAAACCAACUACAAGAAUUCUUUAAUGUGUAUACCAACUUUGGGGAGUAUUCAGCUUAUGAUUUAUCUAGUGCAGCGCUUCAAUUCCGACUUUUUAGACAGCAUGGUUUCAAUGUCUCUUGUGGCAUCUUUGACCAAUUCACUGAUGCUGAGGGUAAGUUCAAGGAAUCCUUAUGCUAUGACACAAGGGGUUUGUUGAGUCUAUAUGAAGCUAGUCAUGUUAGAACACAUGGAGACGAAAUUUUAGAAGAAGCUCUUGCUUUCACAACCACUCAUCUGACGUCUGGAGGACCCCAUUUGGAUUCUACUCCUGCAAAACAAGUGAAAUAUGCCCUUGAGCAGCCGUUGCAUAAGGGCAUCCCUAGAUACGAGGCCUGGCGUUACAUCUCCAUCUAUGAGGAAGAUGAAUCUCACAAUAAAGUAUUGCUGAGGCUAGCCAAGUUGGAUUACCACUUGUUGCAGAUGUCAUAUAAAGAAGACCUUUGUGAGAUAACAAGGUGGGGAAAGGAAUUGGAGAGUGUAUCGAAAUUUCCAUAUGCAAGGAGCAGAUUUGUGGAAUGCUACUUCUGGGCUGUUGGAGCCUUGUAUGAACCUCAGUACUCUCUUGCUCGAAUGACUACAGCGAAAGCAGGAGCCGUUCUUACAAUGAUCGAUGACAUCUAUGAUGCUUAUGGCACUCUUGAUGAACUUCAAAUUCUUACAAGCUCCGUGGAAAGCCACAUUCUGCCUGCCUGCCAGUCAACCGUUGCUGGAGAUUUCAUCCGAAAUUCAGCUAGAUCCCCAAGGAUAGAUUCUCAAGGUGUCCGAAUUAGGCUAGCUCAAUAUCAAAAGCAGCAAAUACAAGAAGGCACAGGCUGUCAAUGUCCCAAAUUUAGAGCUCUGUUAGUUCCAGUGGAAGAUGAGAUCAAUGAAUUACCUCAGCAAUGGCGGACAACUGAGAUGCUUGGACUGUGGAAAAAUUACAUGAGGACAAGCUUCACUCAGUCUAGGUGGUUCUUCACAAACAAAUUGCCUUCUUUUGCUGAUUACCUGAGCAAUGGUGCGAUCACAAUCGGAGCUAUUCUUGUAUCAUCAGCAGCUCUCUUGUACAUGGAUUGUGCCUUAGAGGAUGUUAUCAACUGGCUGUCAACUAAUCCAAAACUUAUGGCUGCUUACUCAACACAUAUGCGAUUGAUGAAUGAUUUUGGAGGUCACAAGUUCGACAAAGAAAGGGGCAGUGGCACAGCGCUUGAAUGCUACAUGAAGGACUAUAAUGUAUCGGAGGAAGAGGCAGCCAGGAAGUUUCGAGAGAUGUGGGAGGAUACUUGGAAGGUUAUGAACGAGGAAUGCUUGAGGCCUACUCCCAUUCCAAGGGAUGUUCUCAAAAUGCUUCUCAACAUCACAAGAGUAAGUGAAACCGUUUACAAGCACCGAAUAGAUGGAUUCACUCAGCCACAUGCCAUUGAAGACCAUAUAAGGGCAAUGCUUGUGGAUUUCAUGUCUAUUUGA